AUGCCACCUGCCUACCACGGUAUUCCUGAAAUUACCCUGUCCCGCUUGGGGUUCAUGUUUUCGCUGAAACACGGACUAACCGAAGCUGAAAAUAACUGACCGUUUUUCAAUUUUUCUCACGUGGCUUUUGAUUUACGCAGGGACAUCAACAUUACCAACGAUACUAGUCUUGAGCUGCAGUGGAACAGUGCAGACUGGACAUGGCUGGGAUUCAAGAUGAGAUAUACUUUACCAGUGACUAUAUUGUUCAUAAUGGCGUACACGAUCGUGUUUGUUGUGGGUAUCGUGGGCAACCUGUUGGUGAUAGUGGCCGUUUCCUCUGAAAGACCAUUGCGGCGGAUGCCCACCAACAUAUAUCUUGUCAAUUUGGCCUUUGCCGAUCUGCUAGUCAUCGUGUUGUGCUAUCCGUUCACGCUGAUCGCCACCCUCACCGUAGGUAAGUAUGUGCAUAUACUAUUAUAAUUACACUAAUCAAUUUUAAUCCUCUGGCCUGAAUUUAGUUCCCACUCGGCUCCUAGCUGUCCUAACUUAUAUUAUCUAUACUCAUGGAUCACUGUCUUGUAUACUAAUGGUGUCUAAUAUACCUAUCAUUGUUCACACUUUAACGUGUUUCUUAUCAAUAAUUAAUAAUAAUAAUAAUAUAAUAAACUAAGUAUUUUUUAGUACAGUAUAAUUUAUUUAAGGUAUUACAGCUUUUAAAGUAAAAAACUAUUGUUUAAUAGAAGAUGAUUUUUUUUAGGGAACUCGUAAACAAUUAAUCUCUCAAAAGGAUGAUAUUAUAAAAAAGGAGAAUUUUAAAACUUAGAUUAUUUUAAAGAAAAAUGUAAAUAUUUUCCUUUUUACAAGAGAUAAAUUUGUUUAAAAAACAUUCGAGAUGCCAACAAGCUAUCAUCAAACAAGACGAAAAUAUAUAAUUAACCAACAACUAUAUUCUAGAGUAUUGGUCUUGAAUGUUUUUUACACAAAAUGAUGAUCCAUUCAAUAGUGAUAAGCUGAGUUCGCCACUCUUUUAUAUAAGAAUAAUAUACACGAUAUUAAAACCGCUAAAUCGCUAGUAUACAGCGGUUAAACUAUAAAUUCGGACAGAAAAAAAAAAAAAAUUAUAAGACAUUAAAAUCCUAUAUUUGCAUUCCUAAAUUUUAUUAUUAUUUUUUUUUCUAACAAAUCUAGUCGAUCUCUAAUAAUAUGGAUAUUACUUAAAUAAUAAUAAUAAUAAUAACUAUAGGUACACCAGACACCAACCCUAUGUUCUUAUCUAUAUUAUUAUAACAACAAUGUCAUCGUUUUUGUCCAUCUUUGAGUAAGUAAAAUGUAUAUACUUAUAUAUACUCGUAUUUUAUAAAAACCUUCAAAUGUUGUUAGACAUCGGUUUUCCAAUUUCGAACCACACACUUAAAUUGUUCAGGUUGGGUAAGUUAAAAAACUUAGGUAUACGCACAUUGUCAUGCACUCUUUACGUUAGAGCAGAUAUUGCAUAUUUAUUUGUUAAACAAUGUACACCUACGAUAGGACAAUAGUACAAUAUAGAAAACAAUAAAAAGACGGACAUGCUUCGCACAUUAGGUGGGUCAUUAUUGUAGGUGAGAAGUUGAGAAGAUAGGAUAGAGGGGAUAUAUAACAAAUAUCUGUAUGCAACGAUUAAAUAUUGCUAACGAAAAAAAAUUCUGAGCUGAAUUUGGUUAUCCGUGUUUUAUAAGGCCGUAAUAUUUACGAUUUUCGUCAAAAUUUGAUAUCCUAUGGAAAAAAAUUCUACAUUACACUCGAUUUAAUUUUUUUGACCACAAAGUACAAAUUAUAAUAAACCUUUCGUUACAUUUUCAAGUAUUUAUGUUUGAUCUAACAAUUUUAUCCAAUGAGUCUUACCGAAUACAAAGUACGUAAAAAACAACCAAAAUUAAAAUGUCUAUAAAAUGCUCAAAAUGAUUAAAAUGUUUUAAAUAUUUUUCCUAGAAAAGGCGAAUCUAAGUUUUCUGUCCAAAUUUCAAGUCUCUCAAAAUAUUUUUAAAUGAAUCCAAACAAAAAAAAAAACUGAAAAUAAUAAAUUUCGUAAAUUUUCCAGUUUUCCUAAGUUUUUUUCCGGUUUUUUCCAAUUAUUCCGAAAACCCCUAGAAAAAUUAAUAAAUAAUGACCUCCCUAAAGUAUUACCCAGCUAAAAGGUAUUACAUCCAAAAAUCCGGGAAAAUUUCUGGUAGAAAAGUUGUUUAUAGAUAAACAAAUAAACAUCAUUGUAAAACCAAUACAUUCCUCACUUUGAUCAUAAUCUGAAAAUGUUACUUCUUUAUCCAAAAGCAAUAGGUAGAUAAUGUUUAAUUGCAUAUAUAUUUUCAGAAUUAAUAGGAACUAUAUAAAUAUUGAAAACACUUCUUCAGAAUACAUUAGUCAUUCUAGUUUUUCAACGUUCAAAAUGUUUUAAACCAUUAUAUAUAAAACAUUUCAAUUAUAGGGACUUGUUAAAAAUACUUCGCAACUUUAUUAUCUUCUUCGUGCUGUAUUCGUCAUACAUUUCGGACAAGAAAAAUAUUUUCCAUUUAAUUAGAUCGAAAACGAUAAAUAUAAUAUACUACACUUGGGAACGCUUUUAUGUUCGAUAUAAAAACGCGGGUAAUCAAAUUUUAUUCGAAAUGUUUUUAGUAUCAAUUUCGAACAUUACAUUUCUAUAUUUUACAAACGUAAAAUAAUAUUCUCAGCUAUAAUAAUAAAAUCCUGAUUCAUAUCUAAUUGGUUUUUUGUCACGUUCGAACUUUUACACCGUCGCCGUUGCGCCGUUGCAAUCGCAUUAAUUCAAUUUGAAACAACGAUUAUAUUACCGAAUCAUAUUUUGUUCUACAUUUAAAUUUUAUUAUAGCUGUUUUAUUUAUGUAUCAUUUAUCAAAAAAUUACAUUUUUUCACGUUUAUAAAUAAUAACAUAUACAGGUAUAACAGGUAGCCUAUUGAAAUAAACAAAAAAUACAUAAUAAAUAAAAAAUAAAAAAAAACACUAAAAAUUGUCAACAAUAAUAAUUAUAUCGCAUCACAAAAACAUAAACAAAAAUCUUAGUCAAAUAUCUAUGGUUACAUUCUAAAAAUAAUUAAACCGUACAAAUUAGAUUAGAUAAUGUCAAAAAUGAGUCGUAAUAUUUUGUUUUCAUUCGACGUUAUAUGUUUUUAAAUAUGUUUUAUAGAAUACAUAUGGGAAUUUAGUUUCUCAUUUUUAGUGAUGCUAUGAUCCCUAAUUUUUAGGACCGAACCGAACUUUUCUUAAAAUUAAUUAACCCAAACCGAACCGAAUUUUUAAACAUUUAAUCAAACUCUAACCAAACAUUAAAAAAUUCGAUGUAUCUGUAAAACGCUACUUAAUUUAGAAUCAAAAUGUUGCAGCUUGAAAGCAAAACACACAUGAAGUGAACCGUAUACGUGAAAAGUAAUUCUUAUAUAAAUACACACAAAAUCAAUAUAAUUCCUUGUAUACACUUUAAAAUAACAUUAAAUUAUAGUUUUUACAUAAAUACACUAGUAAAAAAAAUAUAUAUAUAUAUAUUAAAUUUAACUAUAUGUGUCAGAUUCUCAAUAAUAGCUUUUGCUGUACUAACAGAAAUCAUAAAGCGUUUAUUUUUUAUUUUAUUAAUAUCUAAUUAAAAACAUUCCGACAGUUGUCUACAUGCUAUACAUAAAACUGAGGAAUUGAGAAGGGCCUCACAAAAUGGGGAAUAACUUUAAAAUCUUUGCAAAAGUUCUUUGGCAAAUGCUGGCCGUUAAUCGGAGUGUAUUUAUACAAAUACUUCCUAUAGUGUAAAAUCCCCCGAUAAACUUUAGUAUAACAUCGCAAUAAUUACAUUAGUAUCAUUAGUAUUGGUGAUAAUAUAUCAAGCGAAUACAUUUUAAACAUGUAAACGAUAUUAUUUAGUGACAAAUUAUAAAAUAAAUGUGCAUAGGUCAUUUCAGUAUUAUUUAUUUUAAAUAUCAUAUCAGUGUUGAGUAAUAAACAUUAUUACUCAUACCUGAUAAAUUGAAUGAUAAGUACCAAUUUAUGUACCAACUUCAUUGGCUACUUCUCUAACAGUCAAUCUUCGGUCGUAUCUAUGUUUUUUUUUCGAACAUGAGCAAUGGUAUCAUUUGUUUUCGAUGUUGAUGGACAUCCUGGAUGAUGAUCAUCUUCAAUGGAUAUUCGAUCUUCUUUAAAAUGUUUGAACCAAUUAAAAGUUACACAACACGCUUUGAACACGUAUUUUUGAUGACUGAUUUGAGAUAGUGAUUAUGAUAAUAUACUGAAAUAAUGAUUGUUAUAUCUAGUUUAUUUUAGUACAACAACAUUGCCGGUAACAUAAAAUGUUUUUCUGUAUUAGUUUUAGUAUGGGUAUUUAUUGAACACACCUCCUAUAUUUUAUAGACUUAUUGUUUUGAUGGGUUAUCUAAAAACGAACCGCUAUCAUUUGUCAUUCUUAACGUAAUAUAAUGUGGUAUUAGGUAUAUAUCUAAGAAAAAACUGGUCUCACGCCAUUCUUUACUAUUAUAGAAACCUAACUUAGCCUAUUAACAUAUUUUUAUUGUUUAUCUUAAUUUUAACGGGAAAAUAUCUUUAAAAUUUCGAUUUAGUUUGACGAACAUCAGGCGUAUUACCGUUAGUAUUAUUAUCAAAAAAGUACGGACAUGCCUCGCACAAUGGGCGGGCCACUGUUUUAGGUGAUAAAUUGGAAAUAUUGGAUAUAGAAGACAAUUUAAUUUACAUAUGUACGCAACGAUAAACCAUUACUAAUGGAAAACAACUUGGAGCGAUGAUUCCUUUAUACAUGUACGUAAAUUUGAUAAUAAUAUAAUAUAAUAUUAUUGUGAUAAUGAUAUUUUUGAAUACUUAUUUUUACGUACGUCCGAGAAACAAAUAUUAGAUGUUUUAGGUAGAUGUAAUAUUUCAUAUACGGUAAUCCAAAAGCACACGUGUAUAAUAAAUAUAAAAUCUCGAGAACAGUAAGUAUACUUUUUGUCCCGAUGACUGUGAUUUAUGAACAUUGAACAUGAUGGGAGUACCUUUGUCUUAACAGAUAACAAUAUAAUCAUCGUACAAAUUUUAAAUGUAUAAUGAACAGUGUACACGUUUUCUUGUCGUAGAAAUAUCUGCCUGUCUUAAUGUCGACAUUCAUUUGACGGUGAAAUCUAUUGGAAGUCUCCGCAUGCUGUAUGCAUUCACCGAGCGUUUUCAAUUGUUUCCCUGGCGAACAUUUCAAGUAAUACAAAAUCCAUUUUUCUUUUAUGCUCCGAAAACAAAAGUGUUUCGUUUGGCGAAAUUAAUUAUACCUAUAGCCACGAAAAUGAAAAAAUAAAUUACUAUUAUGGCAAACAACUAUCUGGGGUAAACGGUUUUUCCUCAGCGGUCGACCGAAAUACACCGCAAGUAUAUCCGGACUCACAAAUAAUCCAGUCUAAAAAAAAAUCUAGUUGAACUAAAAAAAAAAAAUAUUAAAUUUUAAAUUGAGAAUACGAGAGUAACAUACUCAAGAUCAGAAAAUGAACUACCUAUAGCAGUGAUGGAUCCAGACUUUAAUUGGAGGAGAGGCACAACCGUUUACAACAGUAAACCUUGGUAUAUAAUUUACCACAGAUACAAGAAAAAUAAAUACUUUACUCAAUACUCAUAGAUUAUAAAGAAAUAGAUAGGUCACUUUUAAAACAAUUAUAUAAUUAUAUGAGAAAAUGUUCCCGCAGGGUCUGAAAACUGAAGUGAUUCAUCAAUAAUAUCAUAUAAAGAUAUUAUGACCAAUACUAAAAUAAAUUUUUUUUUUUUUUCAAUUUCUUAUCAAAAAUUUUCAAUUUCAUUUUUUAACAUUAGCACAGUUUGCGCCAAGCUACGAAUAUUUAAUAUCUAUCUUUUCCCUGCUACUUUUGUACUUUUGUAUCGCCUCAAAACUCAAACUCAGAAAAUUUAGUAGUUUUAUGGACAGUGUUUAAUGUGACAACAUUUUGGUUGAAUUUCAGUAUGAAUUUUAUUGUUAUUGAAGCAGGCUCUUUUUUUUAGUUUUGAACACAUAGAUGUAGAGUAGGCCCUCUAAAUGAAGCUAAGGGGAUGAAAUGUCGUAUUUGCAUGGUGUAUGUAUUUAUGAUGUGUAUUUUACGGUGAACUUUUUAACGAUUUUCGAACAGAAUAAUAAUGUGAGUCAAACAAAUAAGAACCACCGUGAGGAAAAACGAAAUACAGAGAAAAAAUAACUUCGCAUACCAUAAUAUAAAAUGUUUUCUGCAUACACAUACAUGUAUAGAUUGGCUAUAAAUAGAUCCCUAUAUGACUCUGAUGUUACUUUCAGUGACAAUAAUAUUGAAUACGCUUUUUCUCAUAGAAGUUCUAAUAAAUUCGGCGUACAAAUGCAUUAGACAUUAAAUUAUUAUGAAAACUGUAGUAUAGAAUGUUGUUUAUAGAGGAAAAAAAAGAAAAACGAUAACACAUAUAGUCAUAGUAAAACCAAUAUUAAACUCUUAAAAAAACAGUCUUCAAACAUUUAUGAAUGAAUUGUCCGGUUUGAUAUUUGGUAAUAUUUUAUAAUUUUAAACAGUGAUAUGAUGAUAAUGACGUAUGCCCUUACAAAAAUAAAAAAUAUUCUCUAUCGGAAAUGAGACGAAUACCAGCUGAUAAAAAAAAAAAACCGUCGAAGAAAAAAAAUGUUCAACGUUUAUUUCGACAAAACAUAUUUUUUUCGUGAUGCAGCAGUUUCGUGGUUUUCGUUACAGUAUCAUUGUGUUUCCGUAUAUAAUGUGAAAGUUUCGGGAUACUGCGAGAUACUACGAUACUAUUCAUAAAAAGAACUUUUCAGAGGAUGGCAUAUAAAGAAUUCGUUGUACAAAAUAUAUUUUCCAAUUCACAAAUAUAUAUAUAUAGGUAUGUAAUCUUCUCUCCGUGUUAUACGAAUAUAAUGUCGAAUAAUAAAAUGUAUGUAAUACCGUAUACAACACGCGAGUGAUAUUUCGGCUCUCGUGGGAAGAGUGUGUUUUUUCUUUUUACAUAUAAAAUAUGUAAACUCGUGUACUUGGUGCUUGAAUUCGAUGCAAGUGUAAUUUCUCGUUUGAUUUUCAAAAGAAAUACAAUAAUAUUACUCGGCAGUUCGGUUUUUUUUUAUUGUUGUUCCUCCCCGAGUUAUCGUGCAUGACACACCACCACAAUAAUCAAUAAAACCGCAAUGCAAACAAAUUAUAUAAACAAAAAAAAAAAAAAAACAAAAAAAUUCAAUUUUGAAUAUUGUUAAUAUUCAAUGCGUACUGAUGGUGAGUGUACCGUUAUUUAGGUGGGAUGUUGGGAAAACUGGAUUUAUACAAUUAUUUAUUUUAGUUAGAUAUUUAUAUUUAUAUUUACACGCAACGAUAAAUUUUUAAGAUUUUUGUCAACAUUUUAUCUUAAACGAUUAUAAAAAAAACUACUUUUUUUUACCACUAAGUACAACUUAUAAUAAACAUCGAGUAAAGUUUUUAAAUAUUUCUUCACGACCAAAAAAAUUGUAUACACAUAAAAUAAAAAAAAAAAACCUAGAAAAUGUCAACUACCAAUAAAUACAUCAAAAUGAAUGGUUUGAAAAAUUUACUACGUCUAGAAAAGGCUUAUUAUAAGUUUUCUGUAAACACUUCAAUUAUUUACGAUUAUUUUUAACCGAAUAACAAUAAAAAAACUAAAUAGAAAAUAUUAAAAAUGCUAAUGCCGUAAACUUCCCCAGUUUUCACACCCCCAAUUUUUAUGAAAACUGCUUGAAAAAUAACUUCCUGCAAUAAAUCAAUUAAAUCUAAGAUUCAACAAAAAAUUCUCUGGUAAUUUUUUGAUUAAAGCAAGAUUUCCGGUAGAAAAAUGUAUACAGACAGAAACAAAAAUCACACAUUUUAUUGUAAAACUCGCUGAGCUUAGAAUUUAGAAUAAAAUAUACGUAAUAUUAGUUGUUAUAUAAAAAACUUUUGUUAUAAAAAUGUAUUUUUUCGCUUUGUUGGUUUUUCUUAUGCACAGUCCUCUACGCGAUUUUACCGUCUGUACGACGCGUGGGUGGCCGUGUUUUUUUUUUUUGUAAUAUUUUCAAAAUAAAUUAUUAUUCACGUCAGUGAUCGGGGGAUUUUUUUUUUUUUGAGCUCAACACGAUCGCAUAAUAAUAAUUUAAGCCCCAUAAAUAUAAUCUAUAUAUAGAUAGACAUGGGCAUUUAUAUUCGUUCAAAUAUAUUCUACAUUUCGAGGCGGCGAUAUUAUUGUUAAUAUCGUCCUAUAGGCCUGACAUGAAAAUUUAUAUUUAUCGGUAGUUCAGAUCGGUUUCAGUCUGCGGUUUUUAGUUUCCGAAUGUACACGAUUACUGUGGCCCUGCGGUAUAUUACGAACUGUUAUUUUUAAAAAUAAUAUAAAAUCCAAUUUAUCCAAAACAAAUUUAUUACGUAUAAAGCCAUUUGUUUUUGUUUUUGCAGUAUCAUAUUAAAGUUUUCCUUUUAGCCGAAAAGGAUUGUUUAUCCAAUCGCUUUUGUCAUUUUCCCAUUAAACAUGGACAAGUUUACAUUGAGGAAAACAAUAAAAUCACUGUAUCAAAAGCCACGGACAUCGUAUAAGGAAUCAAUCGUAAAAGAUUACAGGGUAUGCUCGAAGAAGCCAAACUUUUUGGUUUCAAAACACAUUAAUGUUCGAACACUGUUUGAACGGAACUGAAAAUAAUAUGUGAGCAUUUUUAUAAAUAUAAAUAGUUGAAAGAAUCAAAGAAAAAAUCUUUGCAUUUGAAUAAUAAUUGCAUACACAUAUAAUAUCAAUCAGACUUCGACAUUUUCCGGGUUCUAUAAAUAGUUGGUUUAAAAUAAUGUUUUAAUAACUUGUCAAUUACCUAUAAUAUUUAGUGAAUAUUUCAGGGCUCUUGUAAGAUUUUUUGUUGACGAAAUAAAAAACGUUAACACUGGUGUUCCUUUAAUUUAUAUUUUUUUUUCGUGUCUAUUAUAAUUGUUCGGUACUUUUUUUUUUAUUUCCGUACGUCUAGAGAAAAUCUAUAAAAAAAAAAAAACCACUUUAACUCAAUUAUCCAAAUCUUAUAAAUUGGAUUGCAAUUAAACUUAUUUUAUACAUUAAAUUCAUCAAAAGUGUUUUUUUACUGCUUGUUUAAAUGUAUGCGUCCAAAGUCGUUUAUUUUAUUUUCCGAAACACAAAAAGAGUAAAAAAUUAUUAUUACACGACUGCACCUCGUUUUAAAACUACCUAUAAAAUAAUAGCUUUUCCGUUUUGUUCUGAAUUCAUAAAAUGUACUCGUUCCGAUACUUUCACAUGGGUUUAGUGCACAAUUCGAGUUUUUAUGUUUUAUUUUUUAGGUACACUGCCUAAAAAAAAUGGUCGGUACUCGUGUAUUCAUUUAGGACAUGGAUGAAGCUAAAUUGCCAACACCCGACGCCGUGUUACAGGCAAAGUGCUAACACGCUAACACGUACAGUCCAUUAAUAACAAAACGUAGUCAAUUAACAAAACGGCCGUUGUGGCCCCCAUUAAGUUUUCAAGAAAGUCGAUAAUUUUUUGUCAAAUUUUUCCUGAAAAUUGAUAUUAUUUCACUGUGUGUCUGUUAUAUAUUAUAUAUUUUUCCUGCUUCUUUCAAACACUUUAAUUGCUUCCUCUGAAACAAAUAAGCAAAACCUCAGGAAUUAGAGAUACUUAACCAUGAAAUGAUAAAUUUUGGCUAAAUUUCACUAUGUUAUUAUAGGAGGAAGUUGUUUUUUUUUAGAUUCAUACAGAUCCCCAAAUAAAGCAAGGGAGAUUAUAAUUUUCUAUGUAUAUAAUAUAAAUCUCAAGGGUAUGCCUUUUGAGGGUUUCGACAUUUAACCUCUUCCGCAACCAUUUGUAUAUAUAAAUUAAAUUUUUUUCAUACACGAAAUGCCUGAUUUUUCUAUACAUUAACAUAUAGUAAAAUUCACUGGCAACCAUAACUAUUUUAGACCAAAAUAUAAACAAAAAAUUAAACAUUGUAAAAGUGACAUUUCGACCGGAAAAAAAUCUACUCUAAUGCAGAAGGUACUCUGCUCAUCAUUGGUGUUAUUUUAGUUCUGUUCCAUAAAUAACACAUCAUUCCAAAAUUAAACCGCAGAAAAGCAAAAUGGUUAGAGCUGAAGUAGUAAUAUUUUGUUUGUAAACGAAACGUUAUUACUACACGGUACACCAAAACAUGAAAUGAUUUACGGGGUUUUGAACUGUAUAGGUACUUGCACUACUGUCACAACACUCACGUGAAUAAGUAAUGCGUAUGAAACUCGCUGAUUAUAAUAUAAAAAUAUUUAUACAUUUUUUUUUAUUUUAAUUAUCGGCGUACAAAGAAUACCUAAUGUAAUCUCAUAUCAACAACGCGAACCCCGGAUAUCUAGCGACCAAUUCAGCAAAACAAUAAAACACAAUUUUAUACUAACUUUUCGUUUUGGGUCGGUAGAAAAAAUAAAACCAACAAAAUCCACCAAACUUCCAAUUAAAUGACUUAAAUAACCUUACAGACGAUUUAUUUCGUUCGAGAGUCGUUGAAACACGAGUGAAGAUUGAUGGUUUAAUUACAAAUCAACUUUGUAAUAUAUUUAUAUUAAUUGACCAAUAUUUUCUAGCGUACAAUUAUUUCGGUAAUAGUUCGAGAAACAAAAGUUACUAUUUUACAAUGUAGAUAAUGAUUAGGAACAUUCUCAAUUGGACACGAUCAUAAAAAAGAGAAAAAAAAAUAUUUAAUUUCUCAUUUCACGUUUAAAAAUUUAUUUUUAUUUUUCAAAUAUAACUUUUUCACGAUAGGUCGUCAAAAGAUAUACAAAUUGACCUCACAAACCCUACGAUUUACUUAUAUCAUAGUAGAAAUAUUGAUUACGAUUUACUUUCCUGUCUCGAUACAUUUGGUAUAAUCGAAAUUACAGACUUUUGCCAAUAACGUGAACUUUUGUAAAGUACACUAGUCUUGUUGAGUUCACAAGUCUUAAUAUACAAGUAUGUUGUAUAAAACAACAAUAAAAUAGUAUUAUUUAUCUCAGGUUCAUUAUUUCAUUAGAGGUUCCAAUGAAAUGAAAAAAAUUAUAUCUUAAGCUGUGCUUUUAACUUAUCAUUUAAGCUUUACACUAAACCAAUAGUUCUCGAUCGGGGCGAAAUAGACCCUUAUAGAGGUGGUACAAAAUAUUCAAGGAAAAAAAUAUAAGAGAGUUCUAAAUAUUUCCGAAUAAAAUCGUAUUAUUGCUGUCACCGUCAUGUAAUCACACAUCGGAACAACAUAAUAUUCCAUCCCCAUAACACACUCUUCUAUAAUACCACUACUCAAAUUGUGUACCCCAAAAGGGCAUUUUACUAAGUUCUUAUUAUUAAAUUAUUUCUAUUUAUUCAAAUGUGUUUAUUAUUUUUUUGCGUACUAUAUUUUUGAUUUAAUAAAAUCAUAGUUUUCUUCUAGAACCUAUAGUUUUAAUUGUUUAAAAUCUAUUUAUGUUUACAAUGCAACUAUGCAUAUUUUGAUGGCUGUGUUUGGCAGUGUCUGGUUUGUUGAGAACCACUGCUUUAGAAUUUGAAAAAUAAAAACUCUCGAAGAGAUUAUUUUUGAUUUUUUGAUUUAAUUUGAUUUCACCUAACCUAACCUCUCAAGAAUGCUCUGAUUUUUUCACAUCAUAGGUACUUAUAUCUAUAGAUGCGAUUUUUUUGUCUGGUAGUAAUCAUUUUCGGAAAAUUAUGUCUUAAUUUCCCACAGAUUUUCAAAAAAAAAAAUAAUAACCAAGAACAAACGACAAUAAAUAGUAAUAAUUGGUUUUAUUUUGGGUGAUUUCUAUACAUUUACUAUACAAGGGAAAAAUGACUAUACCCUAUGGUUAAUACUAUUAAUAAUACUAAAACUUAACCUAACCUUUUAUCCUAAAGCUAAACUUUUAUCAAUAUACUGAACUCCGCUCAGAAUUAUCGAUUUUUGAUAGCGAUGAUUUAUUGAUGCUUUCAGUAUAUAAACUAAAUCUCUCAAAAACAUUAUACCUAUACAAUACUUUUCAAAUUUGUCACACAUACACAACAGCCAACAGUGACCAACACAUGGUUGUCCAGAUUUUUUUUAAUAUUUUCAAACAUAUAAUAUGUAGGUACCUACCUAUUAAUUUGUUUUAAGUUUUAAAGGAAAAACAAAAAAAAAAACAGAUAUGGCUUAGUUCGUUUUGUCAAAACCAAAGUACAAUGUUUACAUUUCGUACGCCACCGUUAUAGAAGUAACACAAACAUAUCGUAUUCAAAUGGCUCAAGAAUAACAGAAACUACGGAAAAAGAAAAACCCAUUGUUGUAGGAAAUUAAUAAUGCGCUAGCGAGUAUAAAAUGUUACGAGUGACUUUCUUCUCGCUUAAGUGCUGUACUUGCUUAUACACACGGAUACAGACAAAUAACAAUAUAAAAAUAAAUGCUUCUAAGCCUAUGUAUAUUGAGCAUAUAUAAAUACACGUAUGUGUAUAUGUCGUUGAGAAAGAGAUAUGUUAAAAAACUAUUUUAGAACCAUUCACAAUAUAUGUUUAGGUACAAAUAAUAAUGAAUGUCUAGACGUAAAAGUUUAUCAGGGUGAUAUUGUUUCGAUUAUGCAAAAUUAUUUUUUAAGAUAAUAUUAACAUUUGAGCAUGGGAAGGAGGGGGGGAGGUAUUUAAUUUCGUCAAAAGUGUACUGCAUAUUUUUUGUACUUGGUUACAAAAUCGCCAAAAGGUUUUGUUUACUUAAUAAUAUUUUAACAACGAAUAACCAGUAACCGGAUACAAUAAACACAUAAUUUUGAAUUAUUUGCUGAUACUAGAUAGUCUAACAAUUAAAUGUUUCCUAACGUGCCAUAUGCUAAGCAAUUGAAUUUUGUUUGUCCUUUCUCUCCACCCCUGAAAAUUUGUUCAUUUUAAAUAAUGUGACUCCCGUUUAAUAAUGUAAUAUUCCAAUUGUAAAAUUGUAUAACUUUUUUUUUUUUCCGAAUAAGAAUGGCAUCUUGGAGAAUGGAUAUGCAAACUCAUCCCGUACUUACAAGGAAUGUCAGUGAACGCGUCGAUAAAUACCCUGAUGGUCAUAUCUGUGGAAAGGUGGAAAUCUAUUUGCUAUCCCUUGAGCAAAUACGAAGCUAACACAUCUUUUGUGCUGGCAAUCAUAUGGUUGGUGUCGCUGAUUAUUCCCAUGCCGUGGUUGGUAUACUUCGAUGUGCAGCCUUUAGGACCAGACAGUGAAAACAUGGUAAAUAUACAAUUGUAAAAAUGUGUAGUAAAAAACGAAGUGAUGCGUAUAGCGAUAGAAACUAUUGUACUCCUCGAGUUUAUGUAUAUACAGAUAGUUAUUAAUUUAUCAUUAACAAGUGAUUCCCUCGGUGGAUUAUUAUUACCAGUACAGCCACUGCUGUAAGUGGGAAGUUGAGAAGGUAGGUUUCCCAUGUUUUGCCCGAUUUUUCCCAUUAGUUGAGAAAACUCUUGGAAAAAUCGAAAAAUGAUCUCCAUAAAGUAUCUUUCUAGUCAUAUUUCUUUUUAGAAAAAGUGCUUCAUUUAAAAAUCGGAGAAAAAUCUCUGGUAGAAAAGUUGUCUACAGAAAAAAAAAUAAACUUCUUUGUAAAACCAUAAGUUUCUUUGCUCCACUCAGAAUCUAUAAAACAAAAAACAACUGGUUCAUGUUUAUAAUAAUAGUCAAUUACAAUUAGUAAAUGUGAUUACAGCAUGAUAAUAGGUAAUCGGAAUAACAAAAAAUGUAAAAUAAUUAUUACUAUUAUGGCUAAUAUUGACUGUAGACUUUUUUUUCUCUAAACUUUAAAAAAUUAUAAAAAUCACGAGUUUACAACUAUAAAAUGGCUAUCUACAAAUUUUUUAAAAAUAAUAAGUUUUGUUUUAAAUUUUUUAGCAAAAUUUUAUUAUCUUUAUAAUCUCCGGAGGUAUUGCAAUAAGUGUAUCUUCGUGGGACACACAUUGUAUACAAUCGUGUAUACGAAUAUUAUAAUCUUAUAAUCUAUAUGAAUAAUUUAUAAACUCGACGGUAGUACAAUAAAAUAUUUUUGAACGCAUUUAUUGUUUUUAUUACACAUAUUAUUAUCUAUUUAGACUUUGUAUGUGAUGGUAUUUUUUGUUUUUGUCCUAAACUAAAUAUUUUUAUUUCGGAGAAAAAAUGUCCGAUUUAAAAUUUGUCGGAGAGAAUAGUCCGGACAAUUUUUAUCCCGUCAAACAACUUAACAUUUAUAUUUUUGAAAUGCCUAUUGUUUAUUGAACGAUUGUGUGUGAAAUAUCAUAAUAUUAAGUAAAAAAUUUAAAUUUUUGAGUAGAAUAUAAAAAUAGUUUUAUUUUCUUAAAAACUUAAAUUAUGUGUUCUAAAUUUUAAUAAUUGAAUAAAAAAACUAAUAAUUAAUCUUUUUUGUAAUUUUAUAUAAAAAAGUUAUUUUUAAUAAGCUUUUAUUGACUUAUCAUUGUGUGGCAUGAAACAAAAUUAUUUAAGCGAAUAGGUAUUUUAUUGGACUUAUCAUUUUGUGUACAUAUUAUAGAUAUGACAUCACUUUUAUCACAUUAUUUAAUACUUGUCAUGCAUGAAUAAUCAUAUUAUAACAUAUCAAGUUUGUCAUAAUUAAAUAUUGAUUCAUCACAUUUUUCACAACAAAUAUUUAUCUGAAAGUUCUACCAAUAAAUAUGACAUGAAAUUUCCUACAAAAUCGGCGUAUUAUUUGAAAGAAAAAAGUUCGUUAAUGUCUGACGUGUUUCUCACAAAUACCGUCCAACUAAUCUGAUAACUUUAUCGAAAGCUCAUUAGUAUUGUUUACCGCUGUCCGCUGAUAAUUAUAAUUUUAAAAUAUUAAAAAUGCAUUUUAUUAUCGAUCCAUAUUAUGUUCGUCGGGGAAUUCAAAGUAAUUUAUAUAUUAAGGAUUCUCAAACAUAAUGUUUGGUGUAAAACGAGGGUGGUCCGUCAAAGUAUCUCUGAAUAAAUUUUUUGCGAUAAGUAAUACUAGUAAUAACUUUCUUGCUCCACUGCUAUCACUUAUCGACGCAAGUGCAUAAUCGUUUUACAUAAAUAUGCCUCUUAAGAGUUUAUUAAAAAUCAACAUCAAUUAAUCAGCAUGGGGAACAAUUUAUUUGGAGUAUGCGUCAAUUACCAAAAAUGUAAAUGCAACUAAUGCUUUACAAUAACAAUAGAUAAAACAGCUGUACAUUUUAUACAAUAUAAUUUUUAUUUUUUCCGAUAAACUUGUAUUUAAAAUUAUUUUGAAAGGACAGUAUUGUUAAAGAAUCGAAGAAGAAAUGUAUUCAGAGAUAUUUUGGUGUAGAACCAAAACCACAUUACCUCGAAUGAAAUAAUUGGUCAUUAUUUUUCAUUUUGCCAUUAUCACCUAGACUCGGGCUGCAUGGUUUGUUUUGGCUGAAAACGGUUCGAUCCAAACAGAAAAUAAUAAUAUUUUCAACUCACUAUACAUUUCCAUUUUUAAUUAUAAGUAUAGUAAAAGAUAUCCCGAAAAAUCAUUAAUCGCUUGUAAUUAAACACUAAUUUUAUAUAGGUAAAAAUGUAAUAAUUUUAUUCUCGCUGUAAAACCGUGACAAAGAUUUAGCUAACGUUGACAUUUCUGCAGCAGAUAUGUAUGGAAAACUGGCCCACGGCGGCGAUGGGUAACACGUACUUCGUGGUGGCCAACAUUUGUCUGUGUUAUGUUUUUCCACUGUCGGUGAUCGGCGCAUGUUACAUGCUCAUCUGGAAGAAAGUGAGUUGUCGACAGGUACCAGGAGAAUCGGUGCCCAAAGUCGUCGUCCUAAUGCAGCGGUGCAAGGUGCGGGUGUUCAAUAUGAUCUUGUACGUAGUGGCGCUGUUCACUAUAUCCUGGCUGCCGUUGUACAUGAUAUUCUCGGUGAUCAAGUUUUUCUCGCUGCCGCCCGACGCAGAGGCCAUGGUGGAAAAUUGUUUGCCGAUCGCCCAGUGGCUGGGUACUCUUAACUCAUGUCUGAAUCCGCUGAUAUACGCCAUAAAAGACGAGAAGUACCGUAAGGCGUACUGGAAAGUGUUUGAGAGAAAGCUGUUCGGGUCCGUGGACUCCGGAAAUUCUUCAAUCAGGAACUUGACCAAUCAAAGACGCAAAAAACCGAUAAUUCAUCAACCGAUUGAUCCCAUAUGCUCAAACACUGAUGAAAACCAAUGUUCAACAACCAGUUGCACAGGAACCUCCACCGAUACCAAGACGAUGGACGCUGAUCGAGUGAUCAGACACAAAACAAUGUUCGCUAAGAACAUGACAUUCACCAACUUCAAAGUGUUGACUGGUUAUGUGUUUGGCAAGGCCGGUGGUGAUUACUUAUUAUAAUCGACCUAAACCAAACAAAAACCUUUCGGGUUAUGACCAAAUAAAACAUCCGCGGGAUUCAUUCGUGUGACUAUAUUAUAAUAUUACGCAUUAUACAUUAAUAUGUUAAUAUAGAUACGCUUCGGAACCGUAAUUAUUAUUUCACGGUUAGAUUGAUUUCGUCAGAACGUUCAUAAAGGCGUCUUCGCUCAUCAUCGUCUUGUCCGAAUUGUCGAAAGUCAUCAGGGAAUCGUUGUACGAUAGUACAAUGUGCGAUGGUACAUUUUAAAAGUGCCGUCCACUUUCACGGCUAAUGGUCGUGUAACGUGAUUUUAGGGAAAGCAAUAUGAUUGGUCUUACAGUUAACACAAUUGGUCGAUAAAUGAUAUUGUUUAGUGGAGAUGGGCGAUACCAACCAUUUAUAUAAUUCGAUACUCGAUUCUCGAUAAUUUAGAUAAAAAAUAAAAAAAAUAAAAAUAAUAAUAUAAAACAUUAAGUAUUUAAAAUUUAGAUAUAAAACGCAUUGUAAAAUAAAAAAUGCCAACUUUUAUGGAAAGAUUUUCGUGAAAAGGGGUGUAAAUCACACUUCUCAAAUUAAACAUACAAUUUGUGCAUUGUGGGAAAUGAAUGUUCAAUUAAUGGCACUAAAAUUUGAUUAAUCCCCUUUUUGAUAUCACGUAAUUACCAUGUACGUUUAAGCGUAGAUAAGAAAAUUCUUUGCUGCACAAGGUUAAUAAGUCUUUGGUAAAUUAUUAAUUUUAUUUUUUAUCUCCUGGAAAGUUAUACAAUUUAUCUUAUACCCUUAUUCACGAACAUCGUCCAUUUAGUCUUAUCUAUUUAACUAACAACAUGAUUAUCACUUGUUAUUUUAACAUAAUGAAAUACCGAUAUCGAUGUUAAAAAUCAUCCUGAUUAUGAUAUUCAAUACUGUAAAUUGUAAUCGCCCAUUCUUAUUGUAAAUAUUAACGAACGCAAUGAUAUUAUGUGGGGUAAAUAUUUUGCAUAUACCAGGUUUUUACCGCAUAGUCCAAUCCUAUACUAGCGGAACGUGUGUUUUCACAGUAUAUAAAUAAUCCCAUAAGAUUAUCAUAAUUACUUUUAUAAUAUUGUUACACACACAUAAUGUUAGGUAUUUACACAUUUGAAGUAAUCACGUUUCACGACUAUAGCUGCGAAGACGCCUUUAGCGUCUAUAGGUAACCGCAUUCUACGUAUACCAACAAUACCGCACUACGGUUACCGGGUUUGAGUUUCUGUUGUAUAAUGCUAUGUGUUUAGUUGAUAUUUGUUAACAUAAUGUCGACAUUAGCCAGAUAACGUAUACAGGUAACGUUAGCCAAAUGCUAACAUUGUUCGCUAUUUAUAAUGUCAAAAUCAUGAUAUUUGUAAACGUUUUCCAGCUUAAGUUAACAUUACCCGGCAAAUUAUUAACAUUCCCCGUAACAUAUAUACACACGUGGACGUAUAGGUAGCGCUUCGAUCAAUGUAUUAUGACAAAUACAUGCCGCGUAUAUUCUUAAUAUUUUCCGUCCGAGUCACACACCGUCCGUUUCGAAACUUACAAUAUUUUAUUAUAUUGCACCUACUCAAUACUGUCGGACACACUUGUGUCCGCGAGAGUAGAAAGUUGUGUAUUUUUAAAUAAUAUUAUUCAAUUUAAAGCAGUUUGAAUGGGUGGUGUGCGAUGCGGACACUUGCAGUAGGUACUUUACAUUUCCCCACCCCUCCAUGUACUUCGGGUGCAUAGCCAUGUAUCAUCGUGUAUGGUUAGUAUAGUUUUGUUUACCACGUCUUUUUCGUUUUUAUAAAACAUCUACAAUAAAAAUAAUAGUAUAACUUCUACCCUCUUAAAAAAUAUACUAUUCGCUCGUGUAAUACUAUUAAUGGGGACGAAAAGCGAUUGACAGGUACUUUUUAGUUUUUUCUUCACGUUAAAUCUUAACUUUUGAUACCUUAUAAUAUUAUAUUUAUGGUAAAAUAAUAUUAUUAAUUAGAUAUUAAUAUUUUCGGUUAAGAAAAUAUCAUUUUUUCCCGCGGUUAUACGAUUUCUGAUAAAAUAAUAUUUAUAUCGGAAAUUUAAAUGGAAUAUAAACGUUAAUAAUAAUAAAUCAUUAUUAUUUAAUUGCAGACAUAAGAAUUUCAAUAGCUCAUCUCGGCAGGAGUUGUCGUUUUUAUACAAACGUAUAUAAUAUAUACUAUACCGUGAUGUUCGUUAUUAAUUUCUGUAACAUUAGUAAUAAUAUCUACAUUUAAUUCAAUAUGACCAACUUUUAAUAAUGAUGAUACCAUCGAUAUUAGAGUAUGCGUUAGAAUUAGCUGAAAAAAAAAAAACACGGUUUUUAUAAUGUAAGUCUGAUGGUCCACGGGAUGAUAUAGUUACAAUAGCGUGAUAAUUGCAAAAUUCACAACCGUGAUAGUUAUAUAAUCGUAUGUUAACAACCAUCAUGUAAACAUAGUGACAGUAAAUAUCGAACUAGUGAAAGCAACUAUUACACUGUCACGCAUAAUGGUUACUAUCGUGAGAUAUAUCUAUUGUCAUUUGAACACGUAUCUACUAUUGUUACUGUAAUGGCGCCUCACACGCGUUUCUAUCAAAUUUUACUUCGCUAUAAUCAUUAUCUCAUUAUCGAGUACUAGGUAGGUACUGUUCGUUUACUCCAUUCUGCCUACAUUUCAUCGCAUGGCAUCAUGGCUGUCUCUGUGAUAGUUACCGUCGUAAUAGUUGCAACUCCAACUAUUUUGAUAGCAACUAACAGUGAACUAAAAUGUCAAGUUUUAUAAUAUAUUAGGCCGAUAAUGACAAUAUCUAACAACGAUCGUGAUAACGACAACCUAACCACAACAGAAAACGGUACUAUGUACAAUAAUUACGAAUUUGUUUCGAAUAGAACCGCAAUAUUAGAACAACAUGGAUAUUGCACAUACUGUAUAAUAAUAUAUCGGUUAUUAUCGGCUAUUGUCUUGGGGCGAAAAUAAUGUUAUACUAGGUAUAUAAUAUACUAUACAUUCUGCGAUCCGACAUGUUUUGUGUUUGCAAUAGUUCGUAUUAUUUAUCAACGCACUUCGGUAACUAUUCGUUGUUAUAACAGCGAUAUUAUACUAUUGUACGUAUUUAACAAUAUCUUCGCGAUAAUAAUAUUAUUGUUUCCAUUGCUAUUUCGUAGUUUUACGACAAAGUCCGCAUAGUAUUUCGAAUAAUAAACGAAGAAUAUAAUAAUAUACAGCAUAGAGAAUAAUAAAAUAAUAUCCACUCAAAAAUAAACGACUUGCCCCCUCCCCAUCAGAUACCAUAUUAUUUUAUUCGUAGGUAUAAUAUUCGUAUAUAUUAUAUUCCAUGACACUAUAACCGACUUUAUUAAAUAAUUAUUUAUUUUUAAUAUUAUGCUAUUUUUUUGUUUCUAUUCGAUUUACCUAGACAUUGUAUUAGUUAAAUGGGUUACUGCGCCAUUUAUAUUGCCAUCGAAGAUGCGUUUAUUGUUUACUGCCGUCGUAAAGGAUAUUUUUCAAUUGAAGUCCAUGCGUUUGUAUCACAAUAAGCGGUAAAAUAAAGAACAGAAAAAAAGAUCAAUGUAAAAAAUAACGACAAUUUAAAUUCUUUAAUUGUCAUAUUUUUAAAUUAUAAUGACAUAAAAUUAUAAUUGUUAAUCACCGAUGACACUGUGCAUUAUCAAAUUAACUAAUUAAUGAUAUCGUAUUGUAUGUAACACGGUCUUUAAAAAUUGCCCACAUCCCGUUAGCAUUUUUGUUAAAGUUUCGUUACUAAACCGGUUUUGGUUUGGAUUAUAGUUCAUCUAAUUCAGGAACACCUUGAGUAAAAUUCUCGACAGGAUUGGUAUUGGAUCUUACUGGAUUUCAGUUAAUUUCAUUUUUUGUAGGGCUUUUAAGACACUUAUAUAAGAUUGGCUCGCAGAGUAGUGUUUCUGUUGUCACGGGAAAUGAACAAACGGCCGACACCCAUUCGACCGACAACCAAAAUACCGACAGGACAAUCGAGCAACAGGAUAAUUGA